AUGCUUAUGCAUGCCAUCACUCUAUUCUCCUUAGGAGGUGACCAAUACCGUUCACUAAAGACUGAAGGCAACCACUGUUAUAAACUGUGCUCUAAAGAAGAGAAGAUUCAGAAGUAUGACUUCUACUGCAGUGAAUCGGGCACUUCUGUAGUCCAUUUGCUUACACCCUCCCUGACAUCUUCUGAAGCUGCUGGAAGUAAUCAAGAGAAGCCAUCCGAGACGCAGACUUUAAAUAAAGAGAUAGCUUUAUCGGGUACUGAUGAAUCUUUAGAAGGAACUGACAGCCCAGCCUCUUUGUCUUCGUCGGACAUGGAAUCUGGAAACGAAAGCGAGUGUCCCAAGGAUUUUGUUCCCUGUGAUGCCAGCAUCCCUCCUGCUGCUGCUACUGCUUCUGUUGCUGACAGUGCCUUAAAGCGCAGAGACCCCCUUAAUAUUCUUACCAAGGUCUUUCCUAAUCACAAACCAAGCAGGUUGGAAAGGGUUCUGCAGCUCUGCAGAGGAGACAUAGUCCAAGCUAUAGAGCAGAUCCUGAAUGCCAGCGAACACAGGCCAGGAUUCCGAGAGCUUGCAAUCCCAGUCUUGCCCGAAUGCAGUGCUUUCCAGAGACCUUCUGAUUUUGGCCUCGGAGUAGAUGUUGCAGCAGCGCUUGGCAAUAAAUCAGCAUUUGUUCCUCUUCAAACCAGCUCGGCCUCUUCCAGGAGAGAGAUGAAUUUUUAUGGCUUAAGCCCUAGACUGGGAAUUGGACCUCUAAGAGUGACUUAUUCUCCCCCAGGAAGAGCUUUACCUGGAUUGAUGGCACCAUACCUGAGGACUGGCUUGUUUCCUGCUUUUCCUUUUCAUCCAGUGGUGGACUCUUCCUUCUCAGGAGUGAUCAAAGAUGCAUCUUAUUCCCCCAGUGAAGACAAGUUUUUCAGUACCAAGAUGUACGCCAGAUUAAAUGAUGAACGCAAAUAGCAUUUCGAUCGAAAAUUACUUUUUCUUAUUCUAAUUUGUUCAGUUGUGCUGAUACUCAUCAUGGAGACCGAUUCUUAAAUGUACAUCCAAUAAAGAACAAAUUAGUAUUAAAUCCUUCAUUAAAAAAAAGAGGCUGCCACAGGAUUCUUUCUCUAAAAUCAGUUGAAAUUGGACAUAUAAUAGUUUGAAAAUGGAGAGAUUUCUGGAGCGUCAACCAUGAAAAAUUAUUAGAAGCAAAAUUGAUAUGGAACAUUAUAUAUUAACAUAUAAUUUCAUCUCAUUUGAAUCUUUGGAAGAAAAAAAAUGGUGACACUUGGAGACUGAAAGUUGAAAAGCCAAGAGUAACAUGAAAAACUCCAGAAAAUCAAAACUUUUGUCUUUUGCAUUUUGAAAAGGAUU